CCAGUAUUUUAAUCUCCUUUAUAUUCCAGGUAGAAAUUAUGGAGGAUUUUAAUGUUGGAAAGCAUAUUUCUUACUGAUGAACUGAUCAUUAGUCAUGUUUUUUUUCUUGUGUGAUUUUCAAUGUAGCACAUGAAGAAAAGCGGGAGGCUUAAAACCUUCCCAAAGGUUCGGUCUGGCACUGAAGAGGUGUUUAAUUUAUGCAGGUAGACAAUGUUACUAGCUCAGAUAAAUCGAGACUCUCAGGGAAUGACUGAAUUUUCUGGAGGAGGAAUGGAGGCCCAGCACGUGACUCUGUGUCUAACAGAAGCUGUAGCUGUGCAAGGUGAACCUUCAGAUGGGGAUAACUUGGAAAACAUGGAAGGUGUAAGUUUGCAAGCAGUUACCCUGGCUGAUGGCUCCACUGCUUACAUACAGCACAAUUCUAAAGAUGGUAAAUUAAUGGACGGCCAAGUGAUUCAAUUAGAAGAUGGUUCUGCUGCUUAUGUUCAACAUGUACCUAUGCCUAAAAGCAGGGACAGCUUGCGUCUGGAGGAUGGACAGGCAGUUCAGCUGGAAGAUGGAACUACAGCAUUUAUUCAUCACACCUCAAAAGACAGUUAUGACCAGAGUGCAUUACAAGCUGUCCAGCUGGAGGAUGGAACCACUGCCUACAUCCACCACACGGUGCAAAUGCCACAGUCAGAUACCAUUUUAGCCAUUCAGGCUGAUGGCACCGUUGCAGGUCUUCACACAGGAGAUGCUGCCAUCGACCCAGACACCAUCAGUGCUUUGGAGCAAUACGCAGCCAAGGUGUCUAUUGAUGGAAAUGACAGUGUUAGUGGCACAGGAAUGAUAGGUGAAAAUGAACAAGAUAAAAAAAUGCAGAUUGUCCUGCAAGGACAUGGAACAAGAGUGACUGCAAAAUCUCAGCAGACUGGAGAGAAAGCCUUUCGCUGUGACUAUGAUGGCUGUGGCAAACUGUACACAACAGCUCACCAUCUUAAGGUGCAUGAAAGGUCACACACAGGAGACAGACCAUAUCAGUGUGAACAUCCUGGAUGUGGCAAAGCAUUUGCAACAGGGUAUGGGUUAAAAAGUCAUGUCCGAACACACACUGGUGAAAAGCCUUAUCGGUGCACAGAAGAAAAUUGCACCAAAUCAUUCAAGACUUCAGGAGACCUGCAGAAACAUAUUCGAACCCACACAGGUGAAAGGCCUUUUAAGUGUCCCUUUGAAGGAUGUGGCAGGUCAUUCACAACGUCUAAUAUUAGAAAGGUUCACAUCAGGACACACACAGGCGAAAGGCCUUAUUACUGUACAGAGCCAGGAUGUGGGAGAGCUUUUGCCAGUGCAACUAAUUAUAAGAAUCAUGUGAGAAUACACACAGGGGAGAAGCCCUAUGUCUGUACAGUUCCUGGCUGUGAUAAACGUUUUACAGAGUAUUCCAGUUUAUACAAACAUCAUGUUGUACACACUCAUUCCAAACCCUACAACUGUAAUCACUGUGGGAAAACCUACAAGCAGAUUUCUACUCUUGCUAUGCACAAGCGGACAGCGCACAACGACACUGAGCCCAUUGAGGAAGAACAAGAGGCUUUUUUUGAGCCACCUCCAGGUCAAGGUGAAGAUGUUCUCAAAGGUUCCCAGAUAACCUAUGUGACAGGGGUAGAGGGAGAAGAUGUAAUUUCUGCACAGGUUGCUACAGUUACUCAGUCAGGAUUAGGCCAACAAGUGGCACUAAUAUCCCAGGAUGGAACCCAGCAUGUCAACAUAUCCCAGGCAGACAUGCAGGCCAUUGGCAAUACUAUCACUAUGGUGACACAAGAUGGCACCACCAUCACCGUCCCUGCCCACGACGCUGUCAUCUCUUCUGCAGGAACGCAUUCCGUGGCGAUGGUUACUGCAGAGGGCACCGAAGGGCAGCAGGUUGCCAUUGUGGCUCAAGACUUAGCAGCAUUUCACAGUGCCUCCUCAGAAAUGGGACAUCAGCAACACGGGCACCAUUUAGUGACUACAGAAACUAGACCUGUUACAUUGUUGGCUACAUCCAAUGGGACACAAAUUGCAGUACAGCUUGGAGAACAACAGUCUCUGGAAGAAGCCAUUAGAAUAGCCUCCAGAAUACAGCAGGGUGAAACACCAGGGAUUGAUGAUUAACUUCUAAAACUGCUACCAGAACAAUAGAGUGAAAGGUAUUUUAUUUUCAAUCAGCAAAGGUCCAUGCCAGCAGCAAACCAUAAAAACUUUGAAGUCACCCACUCACUGGUACUGUGUACACAUUUUAUGCAAGAGUGAAGAACAUUUUCUAAGUUUUGUGUACAUAACCCUUGGAAUGGACUGACAUCAUCUACUUCCAACCGUUGUAUUCAGGAAUAUGGAAUUAGGAUUAUAUAGUAAACUUCCUUGUUAUCCUUUCAUCAGAUUUCAGACUGGUCUACAAGCAAGUGAAAAAUAGAAGUAUUGGAAUUAAUUUUUAAUGUCAUGUACAAAUAAUGAAGGCAUUACUGAAGAUUUCAGAUGUUUAAAUCACCAUUUCAGGAACCCUUACAAAUAAUAAAGGCAAUAAAGCCUUUUAAAUCGCAUUCCAUCAAUGGAAAAGUCUUGGAUUUUGAGCCUACUACUGUAAAUCUUCGUAUUUUGAUUUGUUUCAUACAGAUUUGAAUACUCUUUAGAUUAUCUACCCCAUCUCAUUCAUUGUAAAUACAGACUGUUAAUGCUGGAAAUGCUAAUUAUAUUAUCUUUAAAUUGGAUUAUGUACAAAGGACAAACUGGUUGUUCAAUAUUAAAGAAAGUAAAUCUAAUGGUUUUGUUUCUUUACAUAUUUUACUUAAGAUGUUACUCUCAGAUUAUUAUGCAAUAAAAUAUAGCAAGAUUGUAUUGUUUAGAUAGGAUGAUAUUGUCGUGUGAUGUAUUGUUUUACUUCCUAAUGAGACUGAAGUUCAAAUUAUUUAUUUACGGCCUUGUAUAAAUUUUUCCAAAGUUUAUUUAUCAUAAACUUAAUUUUUUGACGUAUUAAUUUUGAUCAUAAUCCACUACAGUGUGUUAAGUAAUUAGUGGUAAUAGUUACUUCAAACAUUCUAAAACACUACAAGAAUAAUUUUGACUAAAAAGUAAAGUUACCCGUUCUCAAGAGAAAUAUCUUCAAAUGGUGCAUUUGCAGCAUAAGUAUGAGUACUAAUAGUCUAUUUUCAACAGUUCUGAGUGCCUGCUGCUACCAUUCAGUACCUAGGAUAUGCUGAUAAUCAGUGCUUUUGAAAAUCAGGACACAAGUUACUAGAAAAAAGGGAUUAAUUAAUGAUGAUGUAAGUACAAUGCUCCUCUCCAAUGAUCGUUCUGUAAAGGAAAAAAAAAUCUGUUGUAGAUAUGUCUUAACCCAUACAGCAAAAUGUAACUUCUUUUUAUAUGAAAAGUGUUUCUACUCUUGUCUUGUUAGUAAGCUGGUUAAGCAAGUUAAAUUUUUUUUACUUCCUGUAAGAUUCAGUGCUUAUUUUAGAUGAGUGUCGAGAGCACUUCUGAAACUGAAGCUUCAUUUUUCUUCCUUCUCAAGGAAAGGAUUAAACAUCCUCUGGACAAAGUCUUUAUCAAGUAAUCACAGGCGUUAUGAGGUGCACAUUCUACAUGAAAAAAUAAAGUCCAUUACUCCGUACUUUGAGGUAUUUGACCUCAAAAAGGCCAAAUUUGAAUAGAACGAAGCUAAUUAAUUGUGAAUUACUCUAUCAGUGUGGGUUGCAGCCUUUUAUAUUUUCUACACAGAGGCCAACUGUAAAGUGCAGUGAGAGAAUACUGUAAUGUGGGAUAGAUGGGGACAAAGCAAAGACUAUUCUCUGGAUCCAUUAGAGAGUACAACUUGGAAACAAUUAGGCUGUCUGUAACUUUUGUAUAGGACUGAGGCUGCUUGCUCACUUAGGUGCCAGUUUUCCUGAAAUGUUGUAAAUCUUGAUAUCCCAUGGAGAUAAAUGUACUAUGCAAGGAGGAUUAAUUGCCUGUCAACUAGACCAGUUUCUUAGUACUUAUCACCUUUUAGAAAUUAAAGUUGUAUCAUUUGACAUGAAUGUUCAA